CUGGCCGGACUGUGAGGUCUGAGUCCGGGCCGGGGAAGUGGGGGAACCAGGGAGCCAGGUGAGGCCGGCGGCCGUGAGGAAAGCCUGACAAUUGCGGAGUAGCGAGAAGGGCGGAGGCUCGGACUGCGGAGGCUGGAAGACAGUGUGGGCAGGCGGUGUGCUGACUUCACAGACCACCCUUACCGCGGGUCUGGGCCCAAGGCCCGGCGGCUAAUAAAUUCUUAAUUGGGUGCCGAGAAGGAAGGACUGUUUUAUGUUUCAUACUCUUAAGAAAGUAAAAUGUCAGUGCCUUCGUUUUCCCUUUGUCUGAAACCUUAAUCCCUCUCCAACUACUAGGAGGUACCCAGGGCUUGUGUCUACGUGAAAAUCGGGAAAUGGGAGAGGUAUCGCCCACCAGCAGCAGCUAUUAAGCCUUAUUACCCUCCUUGGAGUCCAUAUUUGUCCUGGACACCAGGAGAAGAUAGAGACAGAGAAGGCCGUGUGAAGAUAUGGGGGACAGAGACUGAAGUGGUGAGUCACAAGCCAAGGAACACCUGGAGCCACCAGAAACUGGAAGAGACCUGGAAGGAUCCCCCCCUGGAUCCUCUAAGGGUUGGAAGUUUUCUUCUUUUUGCAAAUAAGCACUGAACAGUAGAGUGGAAAUUUCUGUCUCAUGAUCAGCUGGAUGGCUGGCACGGUGCUUGGAGUGGGUGCUGGUGUGUUCAUCUUAGCCCUGCUCUGGGUAUUGGUGCUGCUGCUGUGUGUGCUGUUAUCCAGAGCCUCCGGGAUAGCUAGGUUCUCUGUCAUUUUUGUGUUCCUUGGUGCUCUGAUCAUCACGUCCAUUCUAUUACUUUUUCCCCGAGCCAGUGAAUUUCCAGCUCCAGAGAUCGAAACGAAGAUUGUGGAUACCUUUUUCAUUGGGCGCUAUGUCCUGCUGGCUUUCCUCAGUGCUGUCUUCCUUGGAGGCCUCUUCUUGGUUCUAACUCAUCAUAUCCUGGAACCAAUCUAUGCCAAACCAUUGCGGUCCUACUGAGCAUUGUUGGGGAAAACCAAGACCCCGUUCUCCUCUCCUCCAUUUUUAUGUUAUUGAUGAGCAACGAGGGACUUGAGAGCCUUGUUUUGACAGACUUCCUAUCUUAAGGCAGAGGAAUAUCCAUUCAUCACUAAGACAAAUCUCUUACGUUCUGGCUCCCAGAAACAGGGUUGCAAAAUUGCACCCGUAGGCAUCAAUUCUCACCAUUUUAGGAGGGAUGCUGCUGUCGUCUUAGUACCUGUACUUCAGGAAUUCCAUCUGUUUUGAAAGGGAAAUAGUAAUAAUAAUCUUCUUAGAGUAGAUUUUCAAACAUAUCAUUUAGAAGUGGAUUUGGGGGGAAAGGAUGAACCUAACCCUUUUUGAUAAUAUGUGAAAUUCUUAGUUAUAAAUUAUAAUCAUAGCUGGGUGUGGUGGCACACACAUUGUAAUUCCAGCUACUCAAGAGGCUGAAGCAGGGAGAUUGCAAGUUUGAGGCCAACCUGGGCAACUUAGUGAGACCCUGUCUCGAAAUUUUUCAAGAAAAAGCUGGGGGCGUAACUCGGUGAUGGAGAGCCCCUGGGUUCAGUUCCCAGUACCAACAAAAAGAAAAUAAAAAGUUGUAGUUAUUUGCAAAGGAAAAGCACCCAAACACAAAAGGUUACUUUAAUGUGAUAAUUUGGAAGGCCAAUUUAGGUGUUGGUUAUUGACCACUGUAUGCAUAGAAUUUCACAGAAGCCUAUAAAAGCAAUGGGUAUUACUUCCCUUUGCUCUAAUAAAGCAAUAAACAAUCACCAAGGGCCUGCUUUCACUUCAGACUCAUGGUCAUGCUAUUCUGAAGGUAGUAUUUUAGUAUUUCAAGUUUGUUUAGAAAUUAGAGGACAGGUAGGGAAAUGUUUGUAGUCUGUCCUCCUGCCUUGUAUCUCUAGGUUCUCUUCCAGGAUAUGGUCCCUCUGUGCUUUAACAUUACCCUAACUGUCCAUUUUAGGUUGUGGUGUGCUCUCUCCAUCUUUGUAGCUCUUUCUCCAACCCUAAUCAGGAAUGUAUAUUCUCAGCAUUAGAUUAUAACUUUAUACCUAUCUGAUCUCCCUGACCUUGUGAAAUUUGUACCUAAAUGGAGGGACUCUGGUCUGGUUCCAAUUUAGGAAGUGUCAUCCUGACUCCUUAGACCUGUCUGGAAAAGGGUCUUCAGGUUAAAAUGAAGAACCAAGAGAACAAGUUGGAAAGGUUGAUUAGGUAUGUGUUAUAUGCCUAUAGUCUACCUUUUGAAGUUUAAAUUUUAUAACAAUCUAUAAUCAU